AUGGUAGCGCAAGGCUCACGAGCCAAGCCCACCAGGCGCUUGAAAGGUGGCACUGAAACGACAAAGACACAUCGAUUUGAAGGCUUUUCACAGCGUAUCGCAAAGCUCAAGAUCGACCCUAUCCACCGAGUGCGCCGAGCGAGCUUUGGCGAAGAUGAGGGCGAAACUACAUCUUAUUUCCGGUCCGCCCUCGAUCACUGGGUGGACAUGAACUUAUCAGACAACUUCACACAAUUUACUCGUCGUGUCAACAACCUUUCCGAGAGUCUCGCGCAGAUUGUAUACCAUGAGGAAAAGAUAAUGGGUCUGCUGGUGGAAUUCAUCGAGAAGAGAGAUCAAAACUCUUUGGAACCUCUGUUGAGCUUGCUUGCACAGUUUGCAAGAGACUUAGGCGUUCGCUUCGAGAAACAUUUCGCCGCAGCAGUCACGCUAGUCGCAUCUGUUGCAGCCACCCACCCUGAUGUCGAAGUUGUCGAAUGGAGCUUUACGUGCCUGGCAUGGAUCUUCAAAUUCCUGUCCCGUCUUUUAGUUCCCGAUCUGCGCCAGUUGCUCAUGAUCAUGAGCCCCUAUCUGGGUAAGGAACGACAAAAGCCUUUCGUUGCUCGAUUCGCCGCCGAGUCAAUGUCCUUCCUCAUCCGCAAAGCCGGUCUCGUCUACUACAAGAACAAAAAGCCUCUUGAGAAUGCCGUAUCCUUCCUGUAUGAGGACAUAUCUCAACAUGCUGAAGAAGGGAAAAACACCGAUUCAUACAAGGAGGGUCUCAUGGUCAUGUUCGCCGACGCGAUCAAGGGAGUGAACCAUGGGCUUCAUUCAAAUGGAGUUGAUAUCCUUCGAUGCGUGCUGGAUCAAGUUCCGCCAAGUUCCGCAAAGAGUGGACUGCCAGCCGAGGUUGCUACCGGAGUAGUUAUCAACCUCAUUCACCACACAACACCCGAUACAUUCGGACCCAUUGUUGAUACCGUGAAGGAGUACAUCGAGAUACGUUCUAGCGCCGGAAAGAACAUAAAUUUUUCACAAUCAUGCCGCCUCAUCUUUGUCUGCGUUGCAACCCGAAAAGCAUCCAGAAUCAGGGAUUGGAAGUCUGUUCAUCAGACUUUAGCAUUGCUCCUCAAACAAGCCGCGGCAAACCCAACCGAUCAUCUGGAGGCCAUUCCCCAGCUCCUGGGUGGAGUUGCAUACGCUCUUCAACUAUCACCAAUGGAUGAGAUGUUGCCGUUCAUGCGAUCGUACAUGGACCUGGUCUCGGCUGGCCCCCUCUCAAAAUACUUCCUCUUCUUCUGUACAACAUUUUCAGAAUGGGGAUCUGAGCGUUUCCAGAGUCUUCUGGUCCCUUAUCUCCAAAAAUUUAUCAAUACUUCGUGGAAGGAACACGAAUUUGAAACUUGCCUGGCUCUUCUCCGGCUCCACGAAACUGGGUGUAUUACCCCCGAACCAUCGAAGCCUGGCUACGUGUCUUGCCCAGAUGGACUGAAAAGCCGCAUUCAUAAUUCUCUAGUAUAUCCGGCAAAGGACCAAAGCUUUGUCAACGCUUUGGUGAAGCUUCCCAGUGCGAUAUCUCUAUUCACAGAUCCUUCCACGCUAUCCAAGAUCGUGAAGAAAUUGCACGCCAACAUUCUAUCCGCCAUGCGGGAUGCAGCGAAUGAGUCCAACGAGGAUAAGUUCAAUGAGCUUGCUUUCUACCUUGGCCAGGGCUUCAAAGUCUAUGUUGAGCUGGCCAAGGAGGCGAAUUUGUUGGACUCGAGUUUAUGGCAGCCUAUCCUAGCUGCCUCUGCGAAAUUCUCACGCUUGCCUCUGUUCUUAGACGGUGUUCUUAUCUUUAUGUGCGCAGUUCAAAGGCAAGAGACAAGUCCUGAGACAGAUUCUGUGGAUGCCUUUGCUUCCAAGUUGAUUCUCAACUUGUCCGGCCCGUCUCACCGAUUGAGGUUCGUCUCUCUUCGGAUUUUGCAGCAAUUGGUGGUUCAAUAUGCCAAAGAGGACCCGUCACCAGUCGCACUGGCCAUCGAAGUCGAGGAAUCCCCCUUGACCUUGCAAAGUGCGAGAACCAUUCAGAUGCAUGUUCGAAAACUGGCGCUUCUCUAUCCUCAAGUCGCGUCACGAAAAUGGAUGGCUACUUUGAUUCCAUACUUUUGCUUCGGCCUCUUCUCUAAAAAGCUAGCUCCUCUGUGGGAUGACUCUGCUGCGGCUCUCAAGACCAUCAGCGAGCACUCAGAAGGAGAGAAGAUAAUUUCUGAUCUUUCUAUCCAGUGGCUGCAAGAGCGGGACUCUGCAGCUCCUGGAGGUGAAGAAUCGGAGGAUGGAAAGGAGACCAACUUUGUCGCCAACGACUACGAAUGUUUCAAUGUCAACAACACCGAGCGGACAAUCAAGACAAACUGGGCCACUGCUCAAACACCAGCACAGACUCUUUCCAUGCAAUACGAGAAGGAGCAUGAAUUUGCCGGUCUGAUUCCUGAACAGCCUCGAAUCCAUGCGCUGCAGGUCUUGAAUGCCGCUCCAAACGUCGCUGAGAAGCGGUCUCGCCAAAUUGUGCCCUUGUUCCUUUCGUGGGCUCUUCGUGACGACCAAGACGACGCUCCGUCACCCGACACAGACGUGGCUGCCCAGGGGUCCGAGACACCGGUUCGAUGGGGUUUCAAGGACCGCCUAUCGAUGCUUGCGUUGUUCGGGCAGUUCUUGAACCCCAGGGUACUGUACAGGGGCCCCGAGGUCCAUGAGGCAAUCAUGGGUCUUCUCUGCCACGGAAACUCGGAAAUUCAAAGAGCGGCUUUGAAGGCUCUCUUCACUUGGAAGAAUUCGCACGUCGUUCCUUACCAAGAAAAUUUGCUGAAUAUCCUUGAUGAGUCCAGGUUCAAGGACGAAUUGAUGGUUUUCGUCCGAGUCGGAGGAGAAGAUAGUCUCAUCGAGCAGGAGCAUCGUCCAACUCUGAUGCCUGUCCUUCUUCGUCUACUUUACGGCCGUAUGAUUUCGAAGGCAGGGGCCAGCUCUACUCAGGCAGGGCAGUCUGGUCGACGUAAAGCCAUCUUACGGACCCUCUCGCAUCUCUCGGAGGAUGACUUCCGACAGUUCAUCGAUAUUGCAUUCGGACCCCUUGCCAAAGUAAACGUGACAUCGAGCGCACAAGAGGAUGAACAGGCAUUCAUGGAGGAGUUGACGAGCCCCAGAAGGCAGCUUGGUCUUCUCAAAAUGAUUGACACUGUUUUUGACACGCUGCAAAGUCGCAUGGCAUCAUACACCACUCAGGCAAUGAACGUGAUCAUCUACUGUCUGGUCCGCGCUUGCAGGUCUCUGUACGACGAGGGCAGUCCGCUUUACGUGGAUCGAGAGGACGAGCGACUUCUCUCAAUUCUUCAAAACAUCCGUCAAUCGGCUAUCCGUUGUUUGAGCUUGGUCUUCGCUGUUUCUUCGAACCGGGAUUGGACUUCGUCUGUUCAGAUCAUCUUCCGAGAGCUCAUUGAUAGCAGACUUGAGCAGUUCCCUAUUGAAACCGCCCAGGGUGUCUCUGGACUAUUACGAUUAUUCCACACUUGGGCAUCGGCUCCUCGAUCGACUUUCUAUCUAGUACAACACAACCGGGACGUAUUGACCAAGAUCAUCGAUAUCCUCGCUGUCGAAUCUGCUCGUGACGAGGUCAAGAUCUUUGUCCUCGAUGAAGUCCUCGUUCCUCUCGUCAAGCUUGCCAGCGGCAUAAAGCUCAAGGAUGACGACACCGACGAAGACCAGCCGAUGUCGGACUUCCCACCAGAGCAAAUUCGCACCGAAGUUCUUUCCCCUUACCUCGAGCAUGCUCUGUCUCAUUUGGGACGUCUUUUGAGAAGAGGUCCAUCAAAGCCUGUUCUUUAUUCGGGAGUAUCUGCCCUUUCCUUGAUUGCACCUUGUGUUGAAUCGUCUGGCGAGACAUCGGGUCUCAUUAGUAUUGCAACAUACUUGCUUCGGCAGCCGCCUGAUCGUGUCAAUCCUAAGACAAAGUCGGGCUUGCUACGCAUUCUCGAGCAUUUCCUACCCUUGUACCAACCUGAUGAUGAUACCGAGCUUUCUCAGCAGGUGUUCGAGGCGGUCUCCUCUAUGUUUGAUUACUUCAAAGAUGAUGCGAAUCGAGAGGUCCUGGCCAGAGUCUUCAAUGCCUUGGCCACUCACGACGAUCAACUCACAAAGGUGGCCGAACUAUGUGCUGAUCUGAACUCUCGUUCAGUGAAGAGACUGGGGCCUGACUAUGAGCGUCGCCUUCAGGCUUUCAGAAUCAUCAAUGAAGAGCUGUCUCAAGAGCUCAAUGCCAGACAAUGGAGGCCACUCAUUUACAACAUGCUUUUCCAUGUGAAGGAUGAAGAAGAACUCGCCAUUCGUUCAAGUGCCAGUUUUGGUUUGAAACGCUUCGUUGACAGAGCUGCAACAGAAACCGCCGACGCCGGUUUUGAGGCUCUUGUCAACGAUGUACUGCUGCCUUCGCUGAAGUUUGGCAUUCGGCAGAAAUCUGAGUUGAUUCGUGCUGAGAUCAUUGCGGUGCUUGGAUAUUUCAUCAAGCUCAAUCCUUCUAGGCCACCCGUGCAAGACAUGCAUGUUUUGCUUGUUGGUGAUGAUGACGAAGCUUCUUUCUUCAACAACAUUCUCCACAUUCAACAACACCGUCGAAUGCGCGCUUUGCGUCGACUUGCCACAGAGGCAAGCAAAGGAAGCAUUGAAUCUUCUAAUUUGGGUUCUAUCUUCCUGCCACUUGUCGAGCACUUUGCUUUCGACGGGGCAGAAGACGAGAGUGGUCACAAUUUGAUUGCAGAGGCUUUGGCCACCAUUGGCUCUCUCGCAGAAUGGCUUGAUUGGAACCAGUUCCGCGCCAACUUCCGAAGAUAUCGCAGCUACAUGCAGAGCAAACCAGAAAUGGAGAAGAACAUUCUCAGAUUACUGGGCCGGAUGUCAGAUGCCCUUUCAAGCGCGACUGGUCAAAAGAAAGCGAUGGACUCUGGCUCAGGUGAAGAAACCCCCGAUGACGUUGACAAGAUGGACACCUCGGAUUCGGUUCAAUGCAGGCUCGCAAAAUCGCUGCCCAACCUUGAGAAGGUCUCGUCCGAGUUGACGACUAACUUCAUUCCUUUCCUUACCAACUUCAUUCACCAUAAGCAAGAGGCGGAAAUGAGUCUGCGUCUGCCCGCUUCUGUAACAACUAUCAAGUUGCUCAAGAUUCUUCCUGAGCAGGAGAUGGCUAUUCGGCUUCCUGCUGUUCUCCUUGAUGUUUGCAGCACGUUGAAGAGUAAAGCUCAAGACUCUCGUGAUACGGCACGCAAAACUUUGAACGACAUUGCUUUGCUGCUUGGGCCUGUCUACUUUGGCUAUAUCCUGAAGGAGCUCCGCAACACACUCCUACGUGGAUAUCAGCUUCACGUGUUAUCCUACACUGUUCAUUCCAUGCUAGUCUUCACCACAGAUCAUUUCAAUCAGGGAGAUCUGGACUAUUGUAUGGAAGAUCUUGUCGCUGUUGUGAUGGAUGACACCUUUGGUACUGUCGGUCAAGAGAAAGAUGCCGAAGACUACGUCAGCAAAAUGAAGGAGGUCAAGAGUAACAAGAGCUAUGACUCUAUGGAGUUGCUUGCUAAGAAUGCCACGAUCAGUCAGCUCUCAAGUCUCGUGCGACCACUUCAGUCAUUACUGCGUGAGAAGCUGAACACGAAUAUUGUCAGGAAGCUUGAUGAACUGAUGCGACGCAUUGGAAUCGGCCUUUUGAGAAAUCCCUGUGCAGAAAGCAGGGAGAUCUUAGUCUUUUGCUACGAGAUUAUCAAGGAGACAUACCAGGACAAGGCGCCCACUACAGCGCAGGCUGCCGCGCGAUCGGAGAGAGAGGAACGUUUCCUGGUUCGAUUGCAGGGAGCCAAGCGAGGCGAGAAGCGAGGCACGACAGCAUCACACAUCUACAAGCUGACUCGAUUCGCACUCGAUAUUCUUCGUGCCAUUUUGAACAAAUUCAACUCACUGCUGACCGCAGCGAAUAUUGCUGGCUUUUUGCCCAUCAUUGGCGAUGCACUCGUGCAAGCCCAGGAAGAGGUUAAGAUCUCUGCUCUGCGGCUGCUGUCCACCAUCAUCAAGCUUCCCUUGCCUGAGAUCGACGAUAAUGCGCACGUCUACUUGACCGAGGCCGUGAAGAUGAUCAAAGAGUCACCAAGCACCAACUCUGAGGCGUCACAGGCUUCGCUGAAAUUGAUAUCCUCGAUGAUUCGAGAGCGCAAAGCAACCAAGCUUCGUGACGGCCAUCUUGCAUACUUGCUGCAGCGGCUCACCGCCGAUAUUGAGGAGCCCGACCGUCAGGGUGUGACAUUCAAUUUCAUCAGGGCGGUAAUGUCGCGGAAAUUUGUUGUCCCGGAGAUGUACGAACUCGUGGACAAUAUUGCAACCAUGAUGGUCACAAAUCAAACUCGCUCUGCGCGUGAUCUGGCAAGAGGCACUUAUGUUCAUUUCCUGAUCGAAUAUCCACAGGCUAAGAGCCGGUGGACCAAACAGCUUGGGUUCCUUGCUAAGAAUCUGGAUUACAAGCAUCAGGAGGGACGACAGUCGGUUCUGGAGGCAAUUCAUCUGCUUCUGUCUAAGACUGGUGAUGAGAUGGCCCAGGAUAUUGUCAGCACAUUUUUCCUGCCAGUCGUCCUUGCCAUGGCCAAUGAUGAGUCGACUGAGUGCCGCGAAAUGGCUGGAGCUUUGUUAGGCCAGUUCUACAGCAGAGCGGACAGAGAGAAUAUGAAGUCGAUCCUGACCCCUUUGCACGCUUGGCUCGAGCAGACCGACAACAUGGCUCUGGGCAGUAUUGGUUUGCAGGCCAUGCGUAUCUAUUUCGAGGCUGAUGAGACUGAAAAGGAAAAGGAAGGACGCUUUGUCAUCCGCAUCCUGCCUGGCUUGAUGGAGUCCGUCCUCGAAGACCAGGAGAGUCAGAGCUGGGAGACUCUGUACUUUGCCUUGCAACUCUUCACAAAGCUUUGCAAGACAAAUCCCACACUGGGACUGAGUCCCGACUGCGUUUCAAUUUGGGGUGCUGUUCAAGAGUCCCUCUUCUUCACUCACGCCUGGGUCAAGACCUGCGCUGCAAACCUCAUUGGCAUGUGGCUCGCUGAUGUGGCCAAAACAAAUUCGGUCACUGGAUAUAGUGAAAUUCCACUUGCGAGCAAUUCCGGCCUUCUCUUGGACCGCGAUUCGAUGCUCAAGCUGCUCCGGGCUAGCCUACGGUCCCUGCGCACGCCAGGCAUCUCCGAGGAGCUUGCAAUGCAAAGUGUUCGCAACUUGGUCUUCCUUGGGCGAUGCUGCGCCCAAAACGGUCUCGAAUUCCAGCAGACCGAUGCCGAGGUAGCGGAAGAGGCCGCUUCCGAAGACGAGGACGAGGAUGACGAUACCGGAGAUAACAUUGACGGAGACGAGAAGAAGACGAGCGGCAUCAAAUCCAAGUCUGCGCUCCGCUAUAUCUUCUCUCAGAUUUCAUCCCUCCUACGCAGAGAAGUGAUUUCAAGCAGACCCAAUGUUCUUGUUCCCAAGACUGCCUCCAUUGCUCUUCUCGCGGCUCUUAUUCGUCACCUGGAGGCUGAGCAAAUUCUUUCGUCCCUGCCUGUUAUCCUUUUACCUCUGCAGCAUCUGACAGACGCGUCCAUUCCACCCCCUCGCUCUUCCGACGAGACUUUCCAGAAUACCUACAAAGCACUUGUCUCCAACAGCCACGAGGUCUUGGAUCUGUUGCAGAAGAAGUUCGGUACCACCGAAUACAUCGCCGAGAUGACCAAGGUGCAGGACCAAAUCAAGGAGCGCCGUGAGGGUCGCCGUGUCAAGCGCCGAAUCGAAGCUGUCGCUGACCCUGAGCGGUUUGAGCGUGAUAAGCGAAGAAGAAACGAGCGGAAGAGAGUCAAGCGCCAUGAAAAGGGCUUGGAGCAUCGGGGUAAGAGACGCGGAUGGUGA